AUGCCACGUAAACUAUUCUUUGGUUGGCCCGUCUUUUUGGGAGCUUUAUUAUUUGCUGUCCUGGGCGUCAAAGGAGAACUACAAAUAAUUUCCCGCGCCGAGUGGAAAGCAAAACCAGCUGUUGAACAGAUGACUCCCCUCGAAUUGCCGGCACAGCGUGUAAUAAUUGCUCAUACUGCUGGCAAUGAGUGCAAAUCAAAAGCUGCCUGCAGUGCGGAAAUGCGCAAUAUACAGAAUUUCCACAUGACAAAGGCCUUCUUUGAUGACAUUGCCUAUAAUUAUUUGAUUGGCAACGAUGGAAAUGUUUAUGAGGGUCGUGGUUGGAAAUAUCAAGGCGCCAUUGCCAAAGGUAUCAAUGCAGGAUCAAUCAACAUUGCAUUUAUGGGGGUUUUCAAUAACCAGUUACCAAGUCAAGCAGCACUCGAUGUUGUCAAACUAUUGUUGGAUAAACUGAAAACAGACCAGAAAUUGAAGGAGGAUUACAAGAUUUUUGGACAUCGUCAGCUUUCGCCAACUGUAAGCCCAGGAGAUGCCCUCUAUGCUGAAAUACAAACAUGGCCCAAAUGGUCAAAAGAUUUGUAA